CACCUGACACUUUCGAAAACCAUCCAUCCAUUCCAGCCCGAUUCCUCUCCGCCGGCAGCUCCAAUGUUGACGACGCGAUGCGGCUCCCUCCUGGCGUUCUCGACCAUCCGCUACGCCUAUUUUCGCACCGCGCGACCCGAGCCCUUGUAGUGUGCGUGGUGCUUUGGCUGGUGGGCUUCACCUACGGCCGGUUCUUCCUCUGGCGCGACCCGCACAGCGCCUACUUCCGCUCCGAAACCGUCUACGACCUCGACUACUCGGCUGCCCGCCAGCGAGAGGCCCGCGCCUUCAUCGCCAACGUCACCCGCAUCGAAGACGACCGCGAUGACGCCGACACGCGCGAGGGGAAGCGAUGGCCCAAGACGGGCGCCACGCCCGCCGUGUGCGCCGCCUUCGUGACCGUGCGCCGCGAGAGCGAGGCCGCCCGCCUCUACCUCGCCGACGCCAUCGGCUCCAUGCUCGCCGGCCUCGACCCGCGCGAGCGCGCCGCCCUCAACGUCAGCCUACUGUUCGCCGACACCGACCCGGCCCGCCACCCGGACUGGCACGCCCCCUGGGUCCGCGCCCUGGUCGACACCGCCGCCGGCUACACCGGCCUGCCGGAACUCGAGCGCGCUGGGCUGCGCCAGGCCGAGGAGGACCGCGACCUGCAGCUCAAGGGCGUCUACGACUACCUGUACGUGCUGGAGCGGUGCUUGGCCGACACCGCUUCGCCGUUCAUCGCCGUGUUCGAGGACGACAUCAUCUUCGCCGCGGAUUGGAUGGCCCGCACGAUGCGCGGCCUGCAGUACCUGGUGCGCGACUACCGCUCCGCUGCCGGCGGGGCCGACGGGAAGGCAGCCGACGACUGGCUGUAUUUGCGGCUAUUCUACACAGAAACGCAUUUGGGGUGGGCGAAUGAGGGAGACUGGUGGUACCGAUACCUGCCGUUGACGCUGCUGCUGGCCGGCGGCGCGACGGCGGCAUUGCUCGGCAUGCUGCGGGCGCAGGCUUGCGGGGGCCGCACGCGUCUCGACUGGCCUACCAUCGCCGUGCUGGCGUUUCUCGUGGUGCCGGGGUUUACCGUGCUGAUCUUCAUGGCGGGCAAGCACAACCUCCCGCUGCCGGGCUUCAGCCUACACCACAACCUGCCCUUUGCGUCCUCCACCGGCGGGGUUGUGCCGAUGGACAGGCACGGCUGCUGCACGCAGGCCCUGGUCUUCCACCGGCCCGCGCUGCCGGGGCUCAUCCGGUAUUUGCGCGAGCGGCAGCGGGGGCAGACGGACAGCAUGAUCGAGGACUACUGCACGGAGCAUGGCGUCAAACGGUUCGCGCUGAACGAGCAGGUGGUUCAGCAUGUCGGCUUGGUCAGUAGCCGAGGCAUGGCCGCCGUGGAUACCCAGAGUGUGUGGGCGUUCUGGUUCGAGGCGAACAAGCCCGACGAGGUGGAGAAGAGGCAUCGCGAAGCGGUUGAGCAAGUCGACUGGGCCAUGUUUGACCAGUUGUCUGCUUCGGACAAGCCGGCCUCCUAGGCGGCAUGCCCGCGCCGGACCUGUGUGAAGUAUUGUAUCAUGAUUGUAUUGACGUCUGGUUUCUUGUUGUGUCAUGACCUUCACUUCCUCCAAGCCCCCCCGGACUGAUGGCGCUUGACAGAUGCUAAUUGCCAGCGAAAUCCACGAGGACUUGGAUGAACACGUGGUGACAACCGAGUUGCACAACGAGCUCUUGAGACAGACAACUCACCAUCGCAGCUCGCCCAGCCAAUCCUGCGGCGUUGAAAGCCCGGAAUUUCA